AUGAUCGACAAUCGGCUAAAAUUCAACGGUCACGUUGACUACGCAUGCGAAAAGGCAGCGAAAGCCAUCAGUACACUAUUUAGGAUUAUGCAGAGUAACUUUGGACCAAGCAGCAGCAAGAGGCGCCUCUUAGCCAGUGUAUCAUCGUCGAUACUGCGGUAUGGCGGACCAGCCUGGAUUACAGCGCUCCAAACCCAGCACAACAGAGCGAAGCUGAGAAGUACGGCCCGACUAAUGGCCAUUCGAGUUGUGAGCGCGGACAGGACUAUCUCAUCAGAAGCUGCGUGCGUAAUCGCUGGGAUGAUUCCCAUCGACAUCACCCUGAUGGAGGACUACGAGUGCUAUAGGCAAAAGGAGGUCAGAGGAAUCAGAAAGCUGAUGAGAGCAGAAUCAUUGGCUAAGUGGCAACAGGAGUGGAAUACGGCACAGAAAGCAUGGAGGGAUGAUCUGCCUUCCGGUCUUAACGUCGAAAAUAUGAUGGAGGAAAUGUGUCGCAACGAGAGCAUCUGGAAUGCUGUCAAUAGCGCAAUCGCAUGCAUCAUGUCUGAUCUGCAGCGUAAGUGGAGAGCGAAGCAGCGAGCUAGCAUCGUCAGUUAA